UAGGACAUAGGUUCAAGGUGAGGAGGAAAAUAGGAAUCCGAGGGGUAACUUUUUCACACAAAGGGUGGUGGAUGUAUGGAACAAGCUGCCAGAGGAGGUAGUUGAGGCUGGGACUAUUCCAUCGUUCAAGAAACAGUGAGACAGGUACAUGGAUAGGACAGGUUUGGAGGGAUAUGGACCAAGCACAGGCAAGUGGGACUUGUAUAGCUGGAACAUUUCCUUCGUCUGAAGAAGGGUUUCGGCCCGAAACGUUGCCCAUUUCCUUCGCUCCAUAGAUGCUGCUGCACCCGCUGAGUUUCUCCAGCAUUUUUGUGUAGCUGGAACAUUGUUGGCCGGUGUGGGCAACUUGGGCCGAAGGGCCUGUUAACACACUGUAUCACUCUAUGACCCUAUGUAGCUAUAUAAGAUGAAGCAGUUCUACGGCUAUGUGCGUUCAAAUUUGCGUUUUUUUUUAACAUUUUAUGAAAGCUUCUUCCUCCUAGCAGCACAAUGGAUAAUGCAUGGAGACAAGGGAUAAUUGACAGCUCGUUCAACCUCUACGGGUUCUUCUAGCUUCCACUGCACCAAUCAGCUGGAUCCCGGUAGUCCAGCACAUUGAUCAAAACUUUUACGGGCAAAAUCGAGCUUUGGGAAGAUUACAGCGAAUCUGCAAAACGUGCGGAGCAGUUCGUGGAUGUGGACUCCGGAUUCACAACAUUAGCUCGCUCGUUCAAAAACAUCUGGAAAGAGAUCCGCGACAGACUUUGUACGGAGAACGUCUGACUCAGCCGAUAACGUUGAAUUAGGAUUUGAUCAGGUGAUAAAGAUGGAGAUGGAGCCCAGAAACGCAGAAAAUGAAAACCUGAAUGAAGAAAGGAACAAGGAGGCAUCUCAAUGUUGCUCAUGGUGUCACAAGCUUCACACAACUGUGUCAAAAUGGAUGCUUCCAGAAGAUAUCAGGAGUCGCUAUAUGGAAAGAGCAAAUUGCCUCCCUCCACCACUCUUCAUUGUCUCCAUAAGUUUGGCUGAGCUGGCUGUUUUUAUUUAUUAUGCAGUCUGGAUGCCUCAGAAAGAGUGGAUUACCCUCGAUACAGGGACGAUGGAAAGUCCUUUCAUUUAUAGGCCUGAUAAGAGGCAUGAAGCCUGGAGAUUUGUUUCAUACAUGCUGGUUCAUGCCGGUGUCCAGCACUUGAUAGGGAACCUUCUCAUGCAGCUUAUUCUGGGAAUCCCUCUGGAGUUGGUUCACAAAGGCCACCGAGUUGGCCUAGUGUACAUCGCGGGUGUGAUUGGAGGCUCAUUGGCGAGCUCAAUAUUUGACCCCAGGCUCAGUCUGGUUGGAGCAUCAGGUGGAGGCUAUGCUCUGAUGGGAGGCUACUUCAUGAAUGUUGUAGUGAAUUUUAAACAAAUGUUGCCAGUCUUUGGUGUUUUCAGAUUGGCCUUUAUUUUGAUAAUAGUGGGCACUGAUGUGGGCUUUGCCCUGUACAGAAGGUUUUUUGUUGCAGGAAGUGGUUUUCGUGUGUCCUUUGUGGCUCACAUUGCAGGCGGUUUAGCUGGAAUGACAAUUGGCUAUGUGGUUUUCAGCUGCUAUGACCAGAAACUCUUGAAGGAUCCCAGAUUUUGGGCUUCGAUUUUGGCCUAUGUUGCCUGUGUCGUGUUUGCCAUCAUAUUCAACAUCUUCCUAUCUCCUGCUUCUUAAGUAAUGAGGGGAGAGGAGUCAUAUGUUCUUACAGUUCCUGUAAAAUAUACAUUAACACUGACAGUUUAUUAACAACAUGAAUACAGAGAAGCACAGUUGGAACAAUCAUUUUGUAUGACACCGUACAAGACCAGUGACUUAAUAUUUAUCCUUGCCAUGAGCAUCAUUUGUUAUAAUUUUUGUUGCUCACCUUAUCAUGGAAUAGAGAAAGAAGAACAUAUGAAAAACAAAGCUGUUUCUCGACAAUUUUAUGGUGCUGAAUUUAUGUUUAGAUUUUUUUGUAUUAGGAAGAACAACUGUUACUGUUUUUUUCUGAAAUUGCAAACCGUAGCGUACUAAAAUAAUCACAUGAGCAACAAACUGAAUUUUGCACCUGCAGUGGCUUGUUGGAAUUAUCUGCAAACGUAUAUAGAAUUUGGCUACAUUCAGAUUCAGAAACAUGUCUCAUUUUCAGUACAACAGCAUCUUUAAACCUUUGUUGCAGGACUUCCCAUACCAUCAUUGACUUCCAGCCACUUUCUUUGUUUCUCUACAAAUUGUUUAAAAUGUAUUACUGUACAUACUUUGUCCUUUCUUAUAUCUAAGUUUCGUUCACUAUUAUUUUACUCUAAUUGGAGAAUCUCUUGUAAGACUGCAGUGGUGUAGUUAUCAGCCAUUGCUUCUAUGACAUCUUAGUCAGAACCCCUGGCAUCAGCCUCUGUCCUCAUGGUAUCAGCAGUUCUUUUGGGUGAAGAAUGAGUGGGUUAACAUAUGAUGAGCAUUUGAUGGCACUGGGUCUGUACUCGCUGGAGUUUAGAAGGAUGAGGAGAGACCGCAUUGAAACUUACCGAAUAGUGAAAGGCUUGGUUAGUUGGAUGUGGAGAUGAUGUUUCCACUAGUCGGAGAGUCUAGGACUAGCGAUCAUAGCAGCAGAAUUAAAGGACGUUCCUUUGGGAAGGUGAUGAGGAGGGAUUUCUUUAGUCAGAGAGUGGUGAAUCUGUGGAAUUCUUUGCCACAGAGGGCUGUGGAGGCCAAGCCAAUAGAUAUUUUUAAGGCAGAGAUAGAUAGAUUUGUGAUUAGUAUGGGUGUCAAAGGUUAUGGGGAGAAGGCAGGAGAAUGGGGUUAGGAGGAAGAGAUAGAUCAGCCAUGAUUGAAUGGUAGAGUAGACGAUGGCCUAAUUCUGCACCUAUCACAUAACCCUAAGACUUUAAGAUAGAUUUAUCACCUUGAAGAGCCAUUUUACUUUGCUUUCCAUCCACAUAGAGGCAUUUUGUGUUCCUUUAUAAAUUGAAUGAUGUGGUUGGGAGAUACAUUCAUGUUGCUUGGUAACAUAAGGUGACACAUGAGAAGUAUAAAUAAUUUAGGAAAUAUUAUCCUUUUUAACCAGAUGAUUUGUUCUCAACAUUGGCAUUAACCUAUUUUAAAUAAUGAGCUAUUACUGAUGUUGAAAUAAUGGCAAAUGAAAGAUAAUUGUAAUUUGCUGUGAUUCAUUUUGAUUUUAGACUGGUACUAGAAUGAACUAGCAAAGAAGGAUAUGGAAUUAAUCCAGGCAUGUGGCAUUAGUACAGAUAGGCAUGAUGUUGAGUCAAAAGACUCGACUCUAUGCUGGACGACUCGACAGUUCUAUUUUGGAUUGCAUUGGUAUAUAUGGACAGCAUGACUGUCACUGAAAAACAAAGAACAUCUGGAAUGGAAGUAAAAACCCGACCUCAUGGCCCCCUUGCGCCCGCUCUGCUUUUCAUUAAGACCAUCCUUGCUGUAAUCCUAACUUUAACUUCAUUUCCUGCCUGAAUCUCAUAACCCUUAAUUUCCAAGUUAUUCAAAAGUUUGCUCUAUUGCCCAAGAAAGCCUUACUCUUUUUUUCUUCCAAUGCAAUGGUUCUUUUGAGCAUUGGUCUUACAUAUAUGAUUGCUAAAGUUACAUGGAAAUCAUAAUUUAAGACAAUAAUGUUUUUGAGUCCAUAAUAACCUUCACAUGACAUGUGACUGACUUAUUGUAAAUUUAAAAGUUGCAGUAUCUGCUCGAAAACACACAGUGAAUACAAAAGUGCUCUGAUCUAAAACGUAUGAUAUGAAUACUGUGGUGAGAAAGUAAAUGCAUGCUGCAGUGUUACCUGCUCCUGAAGCCCAGCAUUAACUGUGCGUUUACAGCAUGGUAUAACCAUAUAACCAUAGACCAAUUACAGCACGGAAACAGGCCACCUCGGCCCUUCUAGUCCGUGCCGAACACUUAUGGUUGAGGACAUUGUUCUGCAGUUACUACAUUACUGGAAUUAUUGCAGAUUAGAAAUUGCUUACAGCUUUUAUGAAUCUAAGAAGAUAAUUGUAGUAUUACCUAUUGUCAGUUUUGACAGCCAAUAAUAGUGCUUAUUAAAUUUAUAAUUAGGUUAGUGAAUAUAGAUUUAUUUACUUUGUAUUGUACUGUAUUGUAUUGUACAGGAAAUUAUACCAUUUUUUAACAGGUCAUUUUUACUAAUUUUACUUAUUGCUUUUCUGCCAUGUACCUUUUGUCACUUGAAAGCAUUAAUCAGGAAUUUGGGUACAUGCUUCCUGAUUCUGUCUGUUAAUUGUAAUGGAUGAAAAAUAAUGGACACGCACUCUAUAAUUCAGGACUCGAGUUUCUGUUGAGGAAUAGCCAUAUCAGGUGUGGAGAUUUAUAAAAGAAUCCUUGUUUACAAUAAGGCCGACACCUUCACAGCGAUGUUAUAGGAUGUGUAUCAAUUGUAGGAGCUAGACAUUUGAGGCAUAUUUGGUAUUAGAUUAUGAAUAGUAUUCUGACAUUAACUUAACAGUUCAAAGAUCGCCAACCUUUUUUUUCCAAAAUAACAUAUUUUAGACAGGAAUUUUUGGACUGAGGAAUUUUGAUUUUGCAAUUUGAUAUUUAGAAUCGUGAAUUGUUUAAGAUGACGCGAUGUUUUUUGAAAAUGGGAGGCAUUGAGUCUUAGAUUCCUAUUAGCCCACAUGUCACACUGUAGAGAUCACCUAUCCUUCAUGCACAUAUCAAAAUACAUGAAUUUUAUUUAAACCUGUACUUAUGUUUAUGGCAGAAACUCAUCCACUUACAAUAUAUGACCCAAGUCUCAGCCACAUAUGAUUGCUCUUGACAAGUUUCAUUGUUUUGACAGCAAAAAAAUACUGUGCAGUCUCAUUACAAAACCAAAAGAUUAUUUGAGUUUUUAUAGAUAAGGGGAACUAUGAACCACUGACACUCACUGAAUGUCUAUGUUGGAAUGACAGAUACCAAACAAAUUGAAGGUGUUCUUCUGACAGGAUGACCUACAGCCGACCUUGUUUCACUGUUUGGACAGCAAGAAAUACCAUGCAGUCUCUUAUUUAUGUUUGCCCUUACUAUACAUAAUUUACAAUCAGUACAGUGAUGAUCCAACCUCCUGCCCUCAGUGGUGCUGGAGAAGGGGUUAAGAACACCUCGGUGUUGGGGGGUAAAGGAAAUUACAACAUUUAACAAUUGGUGUAAAGGACUUGCUUCCCCAGAGAGAGCACACCCAUACUUCACUAUUGCAAAGGCCAAUUUAUAAAUACAUUGUUUUUAUUCAUUUUUAUGAAAGAACGUUUUUUACAUUAACAUUUAAUACUUAAAAUAACUCAACAUACAACUGUAUAGGGAAAAUCUGUCAUUUUUUACAUCUGUUGAGAAGUUUUUAAAAGUAUUUACAGUUUUCUUGACUUUAACAAUUAAGUGCUUUGAUGAUAUGUUCACAGUGACAAUAUUGUCUGCAGGUUAGCCGGAUAAGGUGUAUUUUAACUCCAGUACAGUUUCCCCAAAGUUACCUGUGCUCUGCGCAACUCCGGGGCUAAAUUUGUCACACUGUCCAGCUCCAUUCAUCAUGUGUGAUUUUGUUUUAUAUGUCAGAAUGAACUGAACCACUCUUUUAGUGUCUGACUGAUUAGUCUGUUCGAGUCCUGCCUCUUCUCGAUGCAUGGGCAGAAGUGUGGAUUUACCUAUGAAAUAGGUAUGAAAUAGAUCCUUGACCAAUGAAAGAAAUGCAUUCCUGGCAAACAUGUUAUUAAGCAACAUUUUGUAAAUCAAAAAGUCGGAGUGAAAUGCCUCAUGGGCAUCCCAGUGCACUAUUCCCGCACUAUUUAUUACAGUGAAAAAUUUCCUGGUAGAAAAGACACGUGUUCCAAAAUUUAGGCAAAAGUUUGUAAAUUACCUAUUUGUAAUCUGGGAAAUAACCGUGGUGAAAAAACAAUUCUGAUGCGAAUUAUGACUGUUACCAGAUGAAAAAAAUGUUUUAGAUUAUUCAUUUGCCUGUACAUAUUUUGAUUGUGAAAAGUAUAAUGAAUUAAAGUGGAACUAUGCUCCUUCA